GAACUACACCACACGCUCCAGACGGGCCAGCCGUGUAGGCCCCGCUCUCACGACAAGGGCUGAGGACGAAGACGAGUCACCGUGGUCUACGGCUAACCUCGAGUAUUCGCAUUUCGACGAAUGGCUGGAGUUGGCAGUCACAGGAUACUCCACUCGGGAUACUCGAGGUGUUGAGUGCGCAACGAUAGGUCUUCCGUGGCACCCUGCCUGCUGGGUUGCCUCCGAAGCUCCCGCAUAA